AUGGCCACCCCUACUAUUGAACGCUUCCUGGAAGGUUCCACCUCAAAAACUACUCGAGGUCUGCUCCGGGUUAUCAUUCUUGUGCUAAUAGCCGCCGCCGCCAUCGCCAGUCGACUCUUCAGCGUAAUAAGAUUCGAGUCUAUAAUACACGAGUUUGACCCGUGGUUCAAUUUCAGAGCAACUAAAUAUCUUGUAGAGCAUGGCUUCUACAGCUUUUGGGAUUGGUUCGACGAUCGAACAUGGCACCCUCUGGGUCGUGUCACUGGUGGCACUUUAUACCCAGGCCUGAUGGUAACCAGCGGCGUCAUCUACCAUAUCCUCCGGUUGCUUUCCAUACCAGUCGACAUCCGAAACAUCUGUGUGCUUCUUGCCCCUGCAUUCUCUGCCUUGACUGCCGUGGCGAUGUAUCUCCUAACUUGUGAAAUGUCCCCGUCACCAUCCGCUGGGCUCCUCGCCGCUGCUUUCAUGGGAAUUGUCCCAGGCUAUAUCUCCAGGUCCGUCGCUGGGAGCUACGAUAACGAAGCUAUUGCUAUCUUCCUUCUCGUUUUCACCUUCUUCCUCUGGAUCAAGGCCGUGAAGAACGGAUCGAUUUUGUGGGGUGUGCUGACCGCGUUGUUUUAUGGUUACAUGGUUUCAGCCUGGGGUGGAUAUGUGUUCAUCACCAAUUUGAUUCCCCUGCACAUUUUUGUUCUUAUAUGCAUGGGCCGCUACAGCUCCCGCAUUUAUAUCAGCUAUACCACCUGGUAUGCGUUGGGAACAUUAGCCAGCAUGCAAAUUCCAUUUGUUGGGUUCCUUCCUAUUCGAAGUAGUGAUCAUAUGUCAGCAUUAGGAAUCUUUGGUCUUAUCCAAGUCGUUGCUUUUGUCGAGUUCAUUCGUUCCCAGGUACCAGGGAAACAUUUCCAAACUCUUCUAACGGGUUUGGUAUUGCUUAUCUUUAGCGUCGCUUUCGUGGGUCUUGUUGUUCUCACCGUUUCGGGAGUUAUUGCUCCCUGGAGUGGCCGGUUCUACUCGCUUUGGGAUACUGGUUAUGCUAAAAUUCACAUUCCAAUCAUUGCGUCCGUUUCCGAGCAUCAGCCAACAGCUUGGCCCGCGUUCUUCUUCGACCUUAGCAUGCUAAUUUGGCUCUUCCCAGCUGGUGUUUACAUGUGCUUCGUCCAACUAAAAGACGAGCACGUCUUUGUUAUUAUCUAUUCUGUCCUCGCCAGCUAUUUCGCCGGAGUAAUGGUGCGAUUGAUGCUUACUCUGACUCCCAUUGUCUGCGUUGCAUCUGCAAUAAUUUUGUCCUACAUUCUCGAUACCUAUCUUCUCAUCUCUCCCUCAAAACCAAAGGACAACAAAUCAUCUCAAGCUGGUCUCCGAUCUGUACAGAAAGAGGAUGUCAGGAUCUACUCAAAGCUUUCGAAAUUAGUUUUAUCCGGCUCCAUUGUUGUCUAUCUGCUCUUAUUUGUGGGACAAUGCACCUGGGUAACGUCAAAUGCAUACUCCUCUCCGUCAGUUGUCCUAGCAAGCAAAAUGCCAGACGGAAGCCUACACAUCAUUGAUGACUACCGCGAAGCCUACUACUGGCUACGCGAAAACACCCCAGAAAAUGCCAAGGUUAUGGCGUGGUGGGAUUACGGUUAUCAAAUUGGUGGCAUGGCUGAUCGCCCAACACUCGUUGACAACAACACCUGGAAUAAUACCCACAUUGCAACCGUCGGCAAAGCAAUGAGCUCGCGUGAGGAAGUCGCUUAUCCCAUCCUUCGACAACAUGAUGUUGACUAUGUCUUGGUCGUCUUUGGCGGAUUACUGGGAUACUCUGGAGACGAUCUCAAUAAGUUCCUGUGGAUGGUCCGGAUAGCUGAAGGAAUCUGGCCUGAUGAAGUCAAGGAACGUGACUUCUUCACUGACCAGGGUGAAUACCGUGUAGACGGUGAAGCCACGCCAACCAUGCAAAACAGUCUUAUGUACAAAAUGUCCUACUACAACUUCAGCACUCUUUUCCCAGGUGGUCAAGCAGUCGAUCGCACCCGCGGCGUGCGCCUCCCAGCGCAAGGUCCCCAACUAACUACACUCGAGGAAGCAUUCACCAGCAAGAAUUGGAUUAUCAGAAUCUAUAAGGUUAAGGAUCUUGAUAACGUUGGACGAGAUCAUAACCGUGCCGUCGCCUUCGACAAGGGGCGCAAAAAGAAGAAGGCACUUAAGAAUAGGGGGCCAAGGGUUCUGAGAACCGAAUAG